GUGUCUAGCGGAAUUUACGUUCGUUUUUCUCUCCCGUAUAUUUGGCGCAUAUUUUGACCAACAAAACCCGAGCAGUAGAAGCAAAUCCAAGGAUCUGGCUGAGCUCAUACAUAAAAGCACGCUUGCGAGAAUACCGUAUAAUAUGGGCGUGGCACGCCUUACCCUAAUGCUGCUGGUAGCAGCAAUGCUGCAGCUGAACCAUGUGGAUGCCUAUUCCAAGUAUGGACGCGGCUGUGCCGACAUUGGUUGCCUGCCCACUGAGGAGUGCGUUAUCACCAGCGAUUCGUGCAGCUAUAAUCAGCGCGAUGGCAAGGACUGCGGCAAUUAUCCGACCUGCAAGCGCAAGAGCGGCUCGAGCAGCAACCAGGCAAAUCCCUCCUCCUCGUCGUCGUCAGUUAAUCCGUCAGGUAGCGUGCUCAAUCCCGGCUAUCCCAUGCAUGGCCUGCAGCCGGUGAACCCCUACAAUCCACCGUUCGUAUUUGGUCAGCUGCCGUUCUAUUCGGGACCGGCCGGCACUGGCGGACCGCCUGGCGGCGGCGCCGGCGUCGGCAUGCCCAGCUCCAGCAUAGGCAUCCUCGGAGGCGGCGGCGGCGGUCUGGCGCCAUAUGGAAGCAAUUAUCAGGGCUAUCAAACACAUCAUCAGAAUGCGAACAUGUACAACAAGCCGCCGCCACAGUACCAGAACCAGAACCAACAGAAUCCCUACAAUCGCCAGACCCAAGCACAUCCUUCGGCAGCGGGGCGACGCGUCAAUUCCAGCGCUCCGCUCAUCGGUCUACUCGCAGUCCUGGUGUUGCUGCUGGCUAACGGAGGCCGCGACAGUGCCAGCACGUAAUAAGAUGCAGCAGUUGCUCUCCCGCCACUGAUACCCUUCACUCUUGAUCCUGCAACACGACGACGACGAUCAACCAUGUGCAAAUCCUUUGCUUGCUUGGUUUCUUUCAAUUUCCCCCUUAUUUUCUUUUAUUAUUUUCACUGGUUUUUGGGCCCUAGAUUAAGACACUUAAAGCGGGCUUGUACGAAAUCUACAGCAACAGCAACAGCAGCAGCAGCAACAACAUUACUGACAGGAAAGACCUAUGGAAACAAGAACAAAGCGUUAAAUAAUUGGUUACAAGGCAUAUUUAAGUAAAACCCACAAGCAGGAUAAUCUUUUGCAUAUAGACAAAACAUAAAACACGCCCACAAUAUUAUUGAAGCUAUUUAUUUUCUAUACAUUCUCAGCUUACAGCACACCACGCCCCGAGCGUAUACGUAAUAUUCAAAUAAGAUUGUGCGUGCGUGCGUGUGUCUGUUUGUGUGUGUGUGUGUGUGUGAGCUGAUUUGUGUGUUGGUCCAAAUUUCAGUUAGUAGCCGGUCUAUGCGUAGUGCUGGCCCUGAAGGCUCGUUGCACUUCUCUCUGUUUUUUGCAGCUCAAUUAAAUUGGAAUUUAAUUUGGGGCUUAGAGCCAGUGCUUGCAACAGCCACAGACUUGGCUGCAUGUCGGACACACACACGCACACACACAGUUAAUUUAAUUUUUUUUGCUGCUGCGAAUUUUGCGGCAACCAUUUCCGGCUUUUAUUUAGUUGUUGCAGUUGCAGUUGCUGUCGAUUGAAAUAGUUGCAGCCCAGGCACAGUUGUUGUAGCUACAGCUACGCGUGUCAAUCAAAUUGCAAAAUAAGCAGGUUUAGGGCUGCAAGCAAAAAAUUACAAUUAAAACAAAAAAAUCGAAAUUUAAAUAAAAAAACGAAUUCCGCUCUAGAAAUCAAGAAAUUUAGUAACCAAAGCGGUUUACUUAAAGCGGUUUACUAAAAAGUGCACAAAGUACACAAUUUAAUGUAAUUUUAAAACAAUUUUUUUUUUUAUUUGCAAAAGUCGUUUGCAAUUAUUCAAAAUAAUAAAAGUAAGAGAAAACGCAGAGAGUUACCAAUCAAAUUUGCAAGUAAUAAUAUUAAGAUAAAUAUGAAAAGAUAAAAUAACUGCCAGGAAAAAAAAAAAGAAUUACGAAAAAUAGCUAUACACAUAUAGUUGAGAAUCAAUUAAAUGCCAAAAGUUUCAAUGAAAUCCCGCAACAAACUCACGAACUUGCAACAACAUUUUAACAACUUGCAACAAAUCGGACAUCUGGAACAGAUCAAACAGCUGCCUGAUGCCAGAUUCAGUCGAUAAUAAUUUGAAAUAUUAAAAAAUAAUAAAAAUGAUGAGGUAUAAGAACUGAAUCUCAGCAGGCAGCACUCUCUUUUCAUUUCAAUUCAAAACAAUACCAAAACGAAUAUUCAUUUGAAUGAAUAAGAAAACUAAACAGAAAAUGUUUUAAAAACAUGUUUAAAAAAAACAUAUACAAACUUGUAUUUCAUUUAAAUAUUUAAAUUUAACGUUUUUGUAUAUCUUUUAUUAUUGCACGCACCUGAACCACUUUUUAUUAUAAUUAUUAUUACUCAGUUUAAU